GUGCAGAGACCAAGAAUGUGGCACUGCUUUGGCGAGGGCCUCGUGGUGCAUUGUAACAUGUUGGAGCCGUGCCGAUGGCAGAAGCCAGUGAGCAAGCCAGAGACGGCUGGCUCUGGAACAGAGCUCCCACUCCUUCAGCGAUCCAUGCAUGCGCCCACCCACGAGCGCAGUCAGACACUCACGGGGAGCCUGUGUGACCCAGCGUUGACUGAAGGCGGCUACGUGGGGGCCCCGAAGGACAGCAGACACGGCAGCUCCGUGCAGAUCCGCAGGCGCAAAGCUUCUGGUGACCCUUACUGGGCCUACUCCGGUGCCUACGGUCCUGAGCACUGGGUCACGUCCAGUGUCAGCUGCGGAGGCCAUCACCAGUCGCCCAUAGACAUCCCAGACCACCUCGCCCGCGUCGGGGAAGAGUACCAGGAGCUGCAGCUCGAUGGCUUUGACAGCGAGUCUUCUAACAAAACCUGGAUGAAGAACACAGGGAAAACAGUUGCUAUUCUUCUCAAAGAUGAUUAUUUCAUCAGUGGUGCUGGCCUGCCUGGCAGAUUCAAAGCUGAGAAGGUGGAAUUUCACUGGGGCCACAGCAACGGCUCUGCGGGCUCGGAACACAGCAUCAAUGGCAGAAGAUUUCCGGUGGAGAUGCAGAUUUUCUUUUACAAUCCAGAUGACUUUGACAGCUUUCAAACUGCAAUUUCUGAGAACAGAAUAAUUGGAGCCAUGGCCAUAUUUUUUCAAGUCAAUCCGAGGGACAAUUCCGCGCUGGAUCCCAUUAUCCAUGGGCUGAAGGGAGUCGUACAUCAUGAGAAGGAGACCUUCUUGGACCCUUUCAUCCUGCGGGACCUACUGCCAGCGUCCCUGGGCAGCUAUUACCGCUACACAGGCUCUUUGACCACCCCUCCGUGCAGUGAAAUCGUGGAGUGGAUCAUCUUCCGGAAGCCCGUGCCCAUCUCCUACCACCAGCUCGAGGCUUUCUAUUCCAUCUUCACAACGGAGCAGCAAGACCACGUCAAGUCGGUGGAGUAUCUGAGAAAUAACUUCCGGCCACAGCAGGCUCUGAAUGACAGGGUGGUGUCCAAGUCUGCUGUCCGUGAUGCCUGGAGCCACGACAUGGCAGACUUCUUAGAAAACCCACUGGGAACAGAAGCCUCAAAAGUUUGCAGCUCUCCGCCCAUCCACAUGAAGGUGCAGCCCCUGAACCAGACGGCACUGCAAGUGUCCUGGAGCCAGCCAGAGACCAUCUACCACCCCCCUAUUAUGAACUACAUGAUCUCUUACAGCUGGACGAAGAACGAGGAUGAGAAGGAGAAGACAUUCACAAAGGACAGCGACAAAGAUCUGAAAGCCACCAUCAGCCACGUGUCGCCCGACAGCCUCUACCUGUUCCGUGUCCAGGCCGUGUGUCGCAAUGACAUGCGCAGCGACUUCAGCCAGACGAUGCUCUUUCAGGAAUCACCUCUCCAUCGUGACCUCAGGUGGCCUCUUCAGAUUCCUAGUGUACUCCGCUCACCGUUCUCUCAAGAACUGGAGCCCCAGACAGCUCAGUUCACCUUUCCACUGGAAAGCCACACAAGCCCCAGCUCCCCGGAAUACAAGUGUAUGUUCCUGAUGACUUCCUGCAUCUCUAACGGCCACUGGGAUGGAUUUUCUCACAAGCUGAGGAUGGUUUACAGGAGAGCUGUGCAGAAGACAGAUGUCCAGCCUUACUCCAAGAAUGUUACCAGCCCAGAAGAGUGCCCUGAGGAAAGGCGAUUAAGUCCUCAGAAGAGGGCAGGGAGCUUCCUGUGUUCCCUAGAGCGAGGGCAGGAGAAGCAGCACGAUGCUUUUCAUGAGACUCGUGAAGCAGGUGGAACAAUUUAUCCCCGGCUCACGGGGAAGAACGCAGAGGCAGGCAGGAGCUCCUCGGGCCCCAGGUUGACCGAGCUCCCACACAGGAAGAGCAACGCCUGCCAACCACCCUGCACGGGCUCCUCCUGCCCUCCUGUGCUCCAGCCGCAUCCACCCAACGGGACCAGGCUGGGCCUGGACGCUUCCCUGCCUCCUCCCCCACUGUCCCUGCUGCCAGGAGUGGGCUUGCUCAAUGAUAUUCUGCUGGCCUCUCUGCAAGGCCGAGCCUGCCAGCUCCACCGCUACCAACGCCCCUGCCACCCGCAGCAGCUCUUCAUCGCCAUCGUUCAUCGCUACUGUCGUCUUUGUCAGACUCGCGGCAGAGCGCCAGGGCCGGUGAGUUCUCCGAGUGUCUGCUACCUCCGAGUCGUCCAUGUGACGUCUGAGCGUGUAAGGGACGGGCACGCGGUGAGCAGUGGUACACAGUCUGAUGAACCAGGCGUCCGCCCCAGGGAGGAGAGGUAUCCCCCGUGUCCGCUGCGCACACAGCAGCACAACUGUGACAGUGUCCAGAAGAAUCAUGAAUCUUCCGAGAUCUGCUUCUAUCUACGAAUGUUCCUAACGGACACAGUGUCCACUUGGCAGUUUCCAGCCUCAGCUUCCCAGAGUGUGGGGUUACAGCUGCUCGUCAGGGCCCUGCCCCACUCCAAGAGGAGGGGUCGCCUUUCUCACAGCAGCAUGGAAGCUGCAGCAGGGCCAGCCCCACUUACCUGGAUGGACAGUGAUGAACUUGCUGUCCUCGGAAAAUCGGUCCCUGGAGGGCGGCCUCCUCGAUGGCACUCCGGGCCUCCUGAGAUCACUGCCGGCACGAUGCUCCUCUGUGGCGGCGGGGGGCACUUGGAUUUGCUUUACUUUCGUCAUUUGCUUUUUGGAAGUAUUCUGUGUGACACUAAACAUCAUUUUAUUCCCUCAGAUGACAUGGAAGCCAUUCCUGUCAAACAGUUUGUUAAACACAUCGGUGAGCUAUAUUCUAAUAAUCAGCAUGGGUUCUCCGAGGAUUUUGAGGAAGUCCAGCGCUGUACAGCUGAUAUGAACAUCACUGCGGAACAUUCCAAUCAUCCAGAUAACAAGCACAAAAACAGAUACAUCAACAUUUUAGCAUAUGAUCAUAACAAGGUGAAGUUAAGUCCUUUACCAGGAAAACACUCUAAGUACAUUGACUAUAUUAAUGCAAACUAUGUUGAUAGAUACAACAAAGUGAAAUCCUACAUCGCUACCCAGGGACCUUUAAAGUGUACAUGUGAAGAUUUCUGGACAAUGAUUUGGGAACAAACUGGAAUCAUUAUCAUGAUUGCAAUCUUGGUGGAAAAAGAAAGACUAAGAACCUCUUAGUUUUCUAUCACACGAAAAUGUGAUCAGUAUUGGCCAACAGAGAAUAGUGAGGAAUAUGGAAACAUUAUUGUUACGCUGAAGAGCACAAAAGUACAUGCCUGCUAUACUGUUCGUCGUUUUUCAAUCAGAAAUACAAAAGUGAAGAAGCUGAGUGCCUUUAUUUCUUACAGUGCUGGUGUGGGCAGGACAGGCACUUACAUUGUAAUAGACAGCAUGCUACAACAGAUAAAAGACAAAAGCACAGUUAACGUCCUGGGAUUCCUGAAGCAUAUCAGGACACAGCGCAACUACCUCGUCCAGACAGAGGAGCAGUAUAUUUUCAUCCACGAUGCCUUGCUGGAGGCCAUUCUUGGGAAUGAAACUGAAGUAUCUGCAAAUCAGCUGCAUAGCUAUGUUAACAGCAUCCUUACACCUGGAGCAGGAGGAAAGACUCGACUGGAGAAACAAUUCAAGCUUGUGACCCAGUGUAAUGCGAAAUACGUGGAAUGCUUCAGUGCCCAGAAAGAGUGUAACAAAGAGAAGAACAGAAACUCUUCCGUCGUGCCAUCUGAGCGAGCUCGAGUGGGUCUUGCACCUUUGCCUGGAAUGAAAGGAACAGAUUACAUUAAUGCUUCUUACAUCAUGGGAUAUUACAGGAGCAAUGAAUUUAUUAUAACCCAGCAUCCUCUGCCACACACUACAAAAGAUUUCUGGCGAAUGAUUUGGGAUCACAAUGCGCAGAUCAUCGUCAUGCUGCCGGACAACCAGAGCCUGGCAAAAGAUGAGUUUGUCUAUUGGCCAAGUAGAGAAGAAUCCAUAUGUGAGGCUUUUACUGUCACCCUCAUCAGCAAAGACAGACUGUGCCUCUCUAAUGAAGAACAAAUUAUCAUCCAUGACUUUAUCCUUGAAGCUACACAGGCAAGCUUCCAGAUCCCUCCUGCCCAGCAUCUCAUUCACUUUUGUCUCCUAGAACAGAGGUAUGGAGCGGUUUCAGCAGGAAUGUUAUGUGCUCUUACCACCCUGUCCCAGCAACUGGAGAAUGAAAACGCGGUGGAUGUUUUCCAGGUUGCAAAGAUGAUCAAUCUUAUGAGACCUGGAGUCUUCACAGACAUUGAACAAUACCAGUUUGUCUAUAAAGCGAUGCUCAGCUUGGUCAGCACUAAAGAAAAUGGAAAUGGUCCCAUGGCAGUGGACAAAAAUGGUGCUGUUCUAAUCGCAGAUGAAUCAGACCCUGCCGAGAGCAUGGAGUCUCUAGUGUGACUGGAAUUCUGAAGGGCACUUCGUUUGUAGACUUCUGAAGACUAAGAACUGUUUUGAGGCCUUUUUUGCCAGACUCCAGGUUAUACAAUAACCCAGUUACUUUUUUACACUGAUAAAAUUUUUGAUAUUUAUUUUUUGUCAUUUUAUGUCUUAAUGGUAUCCUACCGAGCAUUUGCACCUCUGUUCAUUUCACACGGUGAAACACAAUUUUACCUAGUUUGCACUAUAUGAUCAGUGUUACUGCCUAUAAUCUGAUUACUAAAGCAAACCCUGAUGUGACAUUCCAUGACAACA